ACAAGCGCGGUGAGUAAACGCUGCAACAAGCAGAAGAGGGAAGCCCGGCGAAACACGGGGAGCAGAAACGAGACGGAGAAAAAGACAGGCUCAUGGUGGGGUUGGUUCACCAGCAGCUGAAGCACGUGGGCCCCGCUUCGUGUGUCUCGUUCGGUAGUCUCCUCAGUAUCGCUCUCAGCCUGGCCGUGGAGGAUCUUGGCACCGGAUGUUCAUCGGACCUGUCGCGGACUUGAAACGCCCGACACCGUCCUCGCGCGAGCGUCGAUGAUGUGACGACACCGAAUCCCAGUCGUAAAUCUGGACGCGAUUGUUGCAAGCAGAGUUUUCGUGAAUUCGGAAAAAGUCGAACGAUGGCCCCGAAGAUACUUCUGGCGUCUUUGCUCAUCGCGAUCUCGCGAGCUGUUCCGACGAGCUUGGCGUUAUCGUCGGACGAUCAUCAUCGGUUGUCCUCGAACAAUCACAGGGUUCUCUGGCCGGUUUGGUAUCGCGAUAAGUUGCUUCAUGCGAGGCAGCAUCGCCAGGACGACGAACAACGUACCGUUCAAGAGACGACUACCGCAAAAAGUUCGUGGACACCGCAAAUAUUUACAACAAGACUGUCGCAGGUAACCUCGAGACAUCAGGUGGACCAUCGGACUCUAGAUCAAAAGUUCAGUGGUGCUGUGGCAAUGGCGGACUACGGUGGUACCAGGGCGAUAGCGUACGCGGGUUAUCACGGCAAUCAUCGGCAUCAGCCGCGGGAGACGCAGAACAGCUAUCAGGUGCCAACGACCGACGUCCCGACGUACACCAGGCAUUAUUCAGGAAGACGCGUAUGCACCAGACAAGUUCCCGCAACUUCCCGUCAUCAUCAGCAUCAUCAUCGAGGAAAACAAAUCAGUUUAGUGUACACCGAGUUGACCUCCAGUUUCUAUUGUUGCCCGGGAUGGUCGCAAGUUACUCCUUCGAGUUUCGGAUGCAAUAAACCCACGUGUACAGCGCCGUGCUUGAAUGGCGGAAUGUGCACUUCGCCUGGCAAGUGCACGUGUCCCAAAGGAUACACCGGCAACCAAUGUCAAACGGAUGUGGACGAGUGCGAGGUAGAAAAACCCUGCGGACAACUUUGCACGAACCUACCUGGCAGCUAUCGAUGUCAUUGUAGAGCCGGCUUUCAGCUUCAGCAGGAUGGUCAGUCCUGCAGAAGGAACAACACCGACGAAAAUGCUUUUGAGGCUCGCGAUUUAGAAGGCGAUUUUCACGACGCGUCGACAACACAAGACCCGACGACGGCUUCUCACGACACAGAAAACGAGGUGAACGAUCAAGACUACGAAAUUAUUUUAAAAAGACUGACUAAGCUGGAAAAGCAAGUGGCCAGAAAUAGAAAGAGAGAUACAGAGGCUGCCGAGAUGAACACCAAAGUCACAUUAGCGGUCGAGAGCGUUAACGAAAUGAAGAGAACUGUCGAGAACGUGCAACAGAUGCAACAAGAAGUGCGCGAUAUGAGAAGCAAGAUAAAGCAAUAUGAGUCUGAAAUGAGGAAGAUGCAACAUCUGAUGAACCGCGUUGCGGAUUUGGAAAGUCGUCUGAGAAUACGCUGCAGAUCAGCAGUGCCGAUAAAUAGCGGAUCGUUGAAUUAUUAGCGUUGAUGUAGAAACUAUUACAAAAUUACUAGUAAGCAUCAGUAUCUUCCAUAUUCAAGCAGAACUUUUACCAUAUAUUUUAGUUACAUAUCAAAGUUACGUGACUACAACACCACGAGGUGCUGAUGUUAUUGUAGUCAUAAGAUUCACACAGAAUUAUUUCUGCUGUGAGAUAAAACCACUGCCAUUAUGUAGAGUCGUAAUAUAGGUUUUAUAUAUAAAAGAAAUAAAUAUACUAUUUGUACUCUUAUGGCUUUACAAUAAAACAAAGCGA